GAACUCUCCAAGUCCCAAGUAAACUCAGUACGGCGAUGCGCUUUGUUCACGUCGGUAGCAAGUAGAAAGGUGGAACGGUGGUAACAUUGGAUUAGAAUCAAACCUGUCAAGGAACUACUCAUGUGUUUUUCAACUAAAAGUUUCGCUUGUCGCUAUCGGAAGCCUUUAUGAAAUCCGUGAGUGAUCGAAUGACGGAUAAACAGUCGUGGCGCGAAAAAUUUGAAUUUCAAACGUCGCGUUCUCAGUGUCAAAGUGUGAAGAAAGUAAACUGCAUGGAAACUUGACUUUUUGAGUAGGAUUGUCAAAAUCGACUCAUACGCAAGGAGCUUCCUACUGGACUAUAAAAAUCCCGUCGAUUUUUUUUAUUUUUUUUUGUUUUGUGCUGCACCUGGAACAUUGAUAGCUUCGGAGUCAAAACGAACUUUUUCUUUAUGUUUUCGCUCAAAUGCUGGGAUAUACUCCCUAUAGAGAUUGGCCGCAGGGUGGUCUCAACACCCCGCAGCAACUUUCCGUCGUGACCACCGUGUGGGGGGGAGUCACCACGCCCACGCAGUCGGGCCCCCACGGGGCAUACGCAGGAUCAGGGGGCCCGAUACAGCAGCAAGGACCGUACCUUAAGGGGCAACCGAAUGCUGGCUACGGAACGCAAGCGAAUUUCAGGGGCCAUGGAUUAAACAAUUACGGCACGGGCCCAAAUGGCAUGAACCAGCAGGAUCAAGCAGUAGGCGGAUACCAAAAUCAAGGAAACGCUCUAUCGACGGCUGCAAUGGUUGCAGCAGCAACGGCUACGGCCACGGCAACAGCAAGUGUGGUAGCACUGCAAGACAACGCGGCCCAAUUUGCAAAUCAGCAAUACAAUCAGGGCUACCAGCAGAGAAUGAUGCCGAUGAGCGGCAUGAACCCAAUGGGAAUGAACGCAAUGAAUAACAUGAACCAAAUGGGAGGAAUGCAUGCAAUGAAUGGCAUGGGAAACAUGGGAGCUCGUCCGAUCUAUGCAGGAAUGGGUCCUAAAAUGGGCAUGUCACUCCAAGGACCAGGUUCAGCUGGAUCGAAUGCGAUGUAUUCGAAUAGGAGAGCGGUGCCCUAUCCGAAUCCCAUCAUGCAUAUGGCACAGAAAAGGGGAGGCCAGACCUAUUCGAACGGUCCCUGUCCCACAAUGGGAAGUAUGGGCAACCCGAACAUGGGCAACCCCAAUAUGGGAUCAAUGGGACCAAGCAUGGGUCCGAAUAUGGGCUCCAAUGCAAUGAAUACGAAUAAUUUCAAUCCCAAUAGUCAAUAUGGUGGCUACGGUACGAGGCAGCCUAAUUUCAACCAGUAUCCCACUCAGCAAUCGCUUGGCCCCACAGGCAAUUUUGGAGCAGGACCUGGAAACAUGGGCCCUGUAACAAACCCCAGAGGUUUUGAACAAAUGACGAAGCAAAUAAGAGGAGCAACUUCGCCAUUUCAAAAUCAAGCCCAGUACUUUACUGCUUCGAUGCCUCAAUUUCCUAACAAUAACGCUGGUCAAUUUAAUAUUACCAAUUCGGGACAUAGCGUGCAAGGACAGUAUAAUUCAUCCAACCAGUUUCAACAUGAUAUGGCAUUGAGAAACCAGCAAGUGAAUUACCAACAUAGUCCGAUCCCCGGAAAUCCGACACCACCAUUAACCCCAGCCACCAGUAUUCCUCCGUAUAUUAGCCCUAACCCAGACGUUAAACCAAAUUUCAACGAUCUGAAGCCACCACUACCCCAUAAAGAAGAUGAACUUCGUCUAACGUUCCCAGUGCGAGAUGGAAUAAUAUUACCACCAUUCAGGCUAGAGCACAACUUGGCUGUUAGCAACCAUGUGUUUCAACUGAAACCCACUGUGCACCAAACCCUUAUUUGGCGAUCGGAUUUGGAGCUACAAUUGAAGUGUUUCCACCAUGAGGACAGGCAAAUGAAUACCAACUGGCCCUCGAGUGUACAGGUUUCAGUAAACGCAACGCCUCUAAUGAUCGACCGAGGGGAGAACAAGUCCUCACAUAAACCGCUCUAUCUCAAGGAAGUGUGCCAACCUGGACGAAACACUAUUCAGAUUACAGUUACGGCUUGCUGUUGCUCCCACCUAUUUGUAUUGCAGUUAGUGCACAGGCCUAGUGUUAAAUCUGUUCUAAAUGGACUAAUGCGAAAACGGCUAUUAGGCGCAGAGCACUGCAUAACAAAAAUUAAGAGAAACUUCGGCAAUACGAAUUCUGGACCGAAUGAUCGAGAUGCCGUCGAACAAACCUCAUUAAAGGUGUCUCUCAAAUGUCCAUUAAGCUUCAAGAGAAUAACUUUGCCAUCGAGGGGACACGAAUGCAAGCAUAUACAAUGCUUUGAUCUUGAAAGUUACUUGCAGGUGAAUUGCGAAAGGGGGACUUGGAAAUGUCCUGUAUGCAACAAGCCUGCCCAGUUAGAAGGAUUAGAAAUUGACCAGUACGUGUGGGGAAUUGUUAAUAACACCGCCACGGUCGAUGUGGAAGAGAUUACUAUUGACAGUAAUGCCAGCUGGAAGAUUUCAAAGAGUGGAAUCAAGUUGGAAGACGAAGGCAAUGAGUCGUGCGCAUCAAAACGCAUGAACAAAGCCAUGUCGCCUGGAAGCAUGACUAUGCCGACCAUGAACAACUGGGAUAUGUCUCAAGCAAUGUCCCCCUAUUUACCUCCAGACAUGAACAGUAUUGCUAGCGGCUCUAUGAUUAAUGGAAGUUCUGGAUACAAUGGAGGCAAUCGAGGUAAUUGCUCGAUUGGUUCAGUUCAAAUUCCGUCCAAAACUGCAUAUUUCAAAACUGGAAUAUUAUCAUCCCUAUUAUCUACAGGAAAUUGUAUGGAUACCAACAAUAUGGGAUUCACCGGUUCAGAAUAUUUAGGAGGCAGCGGGCCUCUAUCGCACCUGAGUGAAAGUGUGAAUUCUUUAGACCCCUUAAACGCCAUGGAGAAAAGCCUAAACGAGCAGAUGCCACAUACUCCCCAUACACCACACACACCUCAUACGCCGCACACACCUGGAGGAGGUACUCCAGGAAGCGCGCACACUCCUGGGGGCACAACCGGACCCCCAAGUGUUCCUCCAGCCAGUAACGACAACCACAACACAAGCGGUGGCAGCACUGCGGGAAAUAAUGGAGGAAAUACUGCGAAUGGCAAUAACGGAAAUACGUGCGGAACCAACGACAACAGCCUACCAGAACUUCCAAGUGAUCUGAACUUUGAUCCAGCCGCCGUUAUUGAUGGAGAGGGGACUGGCCAAGAAUCUUUGAAUCUCUUACCGGAUGGUGUAGACCCAAUGGAACUCUUUUCUUACUUGAAUCCUGAUAUAAAUACGCCACCUUCAAGUGGUAGCAGUUCGGGGCACAACAAUUCCACUACAAAUGACGACAUAUUGGCCCUAUUUGAGUAAAAUAGUUCCUGUGAGCUCAGUUGUGAGUUACAUUUAUUGUGUGAUAUAGACCUUUGCGAGUGAAAUAGCAGGUUUCCUCGGUUUAAGUCUUAUGGCUGAUGCAGAUCAAUCCCUUUUAUACUAAACAUUGAAAUUCAAGAAACUCUGUAUUCUACAUAAGUGACUAUGACACGUAAAUUCGAAACACUAUUUUAAAAAACCGCUAAUAUAAUUUCAGCUUUACGUUACCAAAACUGAAAUUGACCAAUUUUAAUUUUGAACGAUUUAUAUUUCAUUAUUAUGCACACGAGGAAUACAUUUGCAAGUAAUACAAGGUCAACGCAGUAUACUCACAAAAUAGUAUAUAGUACUCACAAAUUCUUUACCCGAAAUAAGACGAUCUAGAAAAACUUACUUAUAUCUAAUGUUACUUCUUUUUGCCGCUACAGGGCGCCAAAAUUCUCAAAUUAGUAUCGUAUUUUUUCAAAUAAUUUCCCAACGCCCAUAUCGAUUGUUACUAAUUUUUUUGAAUUGCGUGGUUCUUUAAUAAAUGUUGGCAUUUUGUUAUCCCCGAUCCAAAUAAUUUUAAUUUUUUUAGCUGCUAGCUGAGUUUCUUUGGAAACUUUUUUGCCCCUUGUCAAAUUUUCGUCAGGCCUACAGUUUCUGGACAAAUAAUCAUUUACGAUACCUGACAAUUCAGAUUAUUAAUUAUAAAACUAAAAAAAAAGAAAAAUAGUAAUUCUGAAUAAUUGAACUAAGUUAAUUAUUUUAACAAAUGUUCAAAAAAUUGACCGUUUUCGCGAACACAAAUUAUUUCUGUUCAAAAAAUUAAACUAUACUUUGGGCAUCGUUGUCGGGCUUGUUUUUAAAACAAGCAGCUUUGAAAUUUGUUUCCAGUAAAUAGGCUUUUGUAGCAACGGGCUUUCCUAAAUCAAAAGUGUAUGCUCACUUUUGAUUUAGAAGAGCCUCACAGAAAACAUCUAGCGGCGUUAAAUCGGAUGAUCUUGGUGGCCAAUUUAUGGGUGGAUCGUUGCCUCUGUCGAUCCAUCUAUUAUUUGACUUCGCCCAACACCAAAAACAGUAAACACUCGGUUUGUUAAAUGAACGGAAUAAUUUAUUUUAAGCAACUCAUUCGCAAACACAGAAACGAAUUUGUAUAAUGUUUUUCACAUCAAACUAGUAUUGUAAAUAAUUUUUUGUACAAAAACUGUAUGUCUGACGAAAAUUUUACAACAGACACAAAGUUUACAAAAUCAGCUAGCAGCAGAAAAAAAUUAAAAUUAUUUGUACCGGGGAUAACAAAAUACAAACAUUUACUAGCGAACCAAGCGUAAUUUUUAAUAAUUUCACGCAUUAAAAAAGAUCACGCUCACCUACUUCACUUGCUAAAACACGUCAAUUUAUGUAGUAACGAUACUAAUGAUGAAUUAAUAUCCAAUUAAGCGACGUGUGGUUAAUUAAGCUUUGUACAGUUAUUUCGGAAACAUCCUCCUGUAUAUACAUUACUUGCUAGAAGUGAAAAAUGUUAAAUCUCGCUUAAUUUGAUCUCACUAAUCAUGAGUUAUUUGCACAUCAAAAUCCCUGUUUAAAAUUUGAUAAAUUCAAAUAUGUAACCUUCAAGAUAAAGGCAAUAACUUUUAAAUGAUCUCAGACACACCGACCCGCGGUCCACUAGGUCAUAAGAUUCUUUGAGUUUUGAGGAGCUACAAGUUAUUUUUAUACUGAUGAUUGAAUGAAAUUGUUUUAAAUAAGUUUGUUUUUGUAUAUAGCGUAUAGUUUUUUGGUAAAUUUCUCUCAUCUCUGGUAGCAUACAGCUUGUUUCUUGAAUUUCGUGCUUUUUUUUCGACCAUAUUGUAAACUCAAUCCAAAUAGGCGCAGUUGCAUAUGGCAAAUAGAGGAUACCGAAAUCAAACGAUUUGAAAUCUCUCAGCCUGUAUAUUUGUAAAUAGAAAGAAAUUUAUUGAUAUAGAGUAUAUCUAUUAUUAAUAUUUUUUUGGCGGGAGAAUGUUUUGCUUUAGCUGACGGUAUUAUUUUUCCUACUUAAUUAUAAGGACCUUAAAGAAUCAAAAUAACUGUUAGUAUUAGAAUUUAGUUCAUUUCGAACACAGUUUGUAUAUACCAUAUUGGUAACAUUGUAUUCCUAUUAUUUUUAUAAAUUAAAGUAAAUAAAAACUCAGCUAAAGCAAAAACUAGUAUUGUGGCCAGUUGUGUAGAAAAACAAAUAGUAUUAACCAUGAUGACCAAUAUAUGGGAAAGUACAAAGUUUGAAAAAUAUAAUUUAAUUCAAUAGGAACAGAAAUUCACUUAGUGUUAAAUUGUCAAAUUUUUUAUUUUCGAAUUGUAAAUUUUAUACUUUCCAAUAUGUUGAAAGUUUCAAAGUAGAAAAUUUUUUCAACCAAAAUUUCUAGGUAUUAUGACCACUUUAGGGUCUUUUUACAUAUGGAUGUUGCAUUAUAAACAUAAGCUUAAAGUAUAUAAAGUUUUUCUUUGAGAAAUUUGUGAACCUUUUCGGUGUUACGACUACUUAAGAUAUCCGACAAUUUCCCAAAAUCGAAUAACUCAGCGAAGUUUACCAACGAUUUUUACAUACUUUCCAGGAAACUGAAACGAGCUAAUUCAAAUUUUGUAAUAUAGAUCUACUAAUAGACACAUGCAAGAGUUAAUUAAAAUUGGUAACGUUACAUGAACAAAAACUUAAUCAAUAAACAGCAAAAAGUCGCCUCACAUCUUAAUAUUAUUUUGAGCUUGAACAUGUGUAACCCCAAUCUGUGCAUAGCAUAUAAUAAGGGGCCACAUUAUGACAGAAUAAAAUUUACAAUGUUGUCCAUCACUUGCGUUAUGGUUGGGCAUUGUAAUUUUAUAUACGUGUGCGGAACUCUGCAAACUGUGAUAUUUAACACUUAAUUAUAAGUACACUUUUACCUAAUAUAAUCGAAACUAUAUAGGUACGUUUGUGUAAAUUUACAGAAAUAAUAUUAGUUAUAAUUAGCGCAAGACCGAAAUCCUAUUAGGUAAUGUUUUAAAGAGGCCUCGUUUUGAUGUCGUAGACUUAAAGUGUUAAAUUUCAUGUGAUAAAAUAUAUUUUGGUAAAAAUGAGAAAUUGAUGUUUUAUUUUAAAAAUUUCCUGUAAAUGUCAGUGUCGUCUAAGUAAAUGUUGUGUCUAGGAAAAUUCGCUCAAUCUCAACAGCCUACCAAUUUCCAAUCAGAAUUUUCAUAGAAAUAGGAAACUAAUUCAAACUAACGUUUUGUGUUAUGAAGUGGAAUGUACCAUCAAGUGGCUAUAAAUAUAACGUUGUAAUUGUUUCAUUAGUGCCUUGAGCUUGGGUGGAUUUUAAAAUGGUUCCCACGAAAUUAGACCGAAAAGGUUCACAAAAACAUCAAAAGCAGAAGAUAAUGCCAAGAAACUUAACUUAUUCUAAAUCUGUAGGUAAUGCGGAGUUUUCAAGAUAAGAUAUGUAAAUGUAAACGUGACAAAAUGAAUAUUUAUAGAGAAUUUACAAGUAAUAUUAUGACACCAGUAAUAGAUAAAAUUACCAUAACUUGCUUCCAAAAAUGUGUAACAAUUACUAUUACUAUAAAAUUGUAAAUACAUUUUUUGCCAUCGGUAUUGCUCUUUGCCAAUAAUUAUUGUAUUUUUUAAAUAUUUUUGUCGCAUUUUUAUAAAAAAAUACAGGGUAAACGGUAAAUGAUCUCAAUUAAGCAUGAUGCAAAUUAGUUACUAUAAUUACUUAUUGACACAAAAAUAAAACAAAAAAGUUUGAACGCAUCAUAAAAAGCAAGUGUACAUACACAUUGCAUUGCCAAAAGUUUACCCCAGCUUAAAAUAUCGCAGCUUUCAAUUUUCAUCCGAGGACCAAUAUGUGUGUAAUUUCCAUUUAAUUAAAAUUCUAUAAGUUUUCCUAAUUUGAGACCAAAGUUUACAUAUCAUUUAUUUCUUUUGGACCAAGUAAAACAAGCAUUUGUAAGAUAUUACAUUAUUUUGUUCCUAUUGUGUUGGCAUUCUGCAAAACAUAGUCAAUACUAAUAAGAGCUGAUUAUUGGCAAACUUGAAAGUGUUUUUAAGAGAGUUUUUAACAAUUAGAGUAAUUGAGGAAUGUAGAAAAAUACUGUACAAGUUUUAUGUUGAAAAUAUUGUAAAUACCUGUAAAUUUUUUUAAAUUAUAAGUUACAUAAAAAUAGCUUUAUUCUUUGAUGACUACGUAAUUUUACAAAAAGCGUUUUGAAUAGAAUUUUUUUAGCUCACAAAAAUUUAAACAUUUUCAUCAAACAGCGACUUUUUGCACUAUUCAAAAUAUGAUUCAAGUAAAAUAAUUCCAUACAGGGUUAUUCACGAUUUCCGAUAUGUAAAAUUGCUGUUAAAAUAAGCAUUAUUUUAUAAAUACAUCAAUUCUCAGUAAGAAUUUGGAAUUUUGAACGCAAAUUUUACUUUCGGCUACUAACCGSAAAUUAAGAAAAAACAAACUAACACAUGUAAGGUAAAACAAAAUACCGUUGAAACGAUAAAUCAGUCGAAUCAAAAUAUUUAUAAAGCGUGAAUAMCCCUGUAUAAGAACUGCAUUGCAACAAAGCAUUUMAUUUCACUUAUUUUCAAACGAUUUAGUACAAGUUCUCMRAUUUAUGUUUAACUGAACUUAGAGCRGAACUUAWUAAUGUACUUUUUUGUUAUCAGUGUUUUUGUGCAAUCAAUAAAAACCGUAGACUGAGCGAUAGUCCUAAAA